AGUGAUUCAGAAGCAUACAUACAUCAGUGCCAGUAGAUCUAUUGCGCAUACCGGUGAAUGAGUUACUGUGUUCCCGUUUCUAUAUUUUACAAACUGUUGCAUCAAAUACUAAAAAAUGGCAGAAGCCAAAGAUAAAGAUGUUAAAGGCAGUGUCGCGUCAGAAAGCACGCCUCAUCUCGAAGUAAUUGAUCGCGUGAAAAACAUUCCUGUUGUACACUCGGCAAUUGAAAAAACAGAAUCCACAUAUUCUUAUUUGAAAGGUUCAAACGAUUUAAUCAAUUGGGUAUUCACUAGUGCAGAAACUGGACUUAAUUAUGCAACUGCUACAGCUGCACCUUAUACAGCACCUUUGGCUAAAAAAUUUGAAGACCAAAUCUCAGCUGUGGACCAAAAAUUGUGCGAGGGUUUGAACAUUGUGGAACAAAAAGUACCAAUGAUGAAGCAGCCUCCAGAACAAAUAUACGAAGCAGCUAAGGCAGUAAUGAGCAGUUCUUUGCAACCAACUAUGGAAAAACUUCACGCUGCAAAAGAAUCAGCGACUCAACAAGCGUCCACACUCAAAGAUAUCAGUAUGGUAAAGGCUAACGAGUUAUUAAAUACACAAUAUGGUAGUAUGGCUGUACAAGGCGUGGACAAUACAAGCGUCCUCAUUAAUGGUCUAUUGGAUCGUUACUUCCCUCCAGUCGCGGGAGAAGCAGACACGCCAGCUCCCGUAUCGGCCGAAGAGAACAAAGUUCUCCAUGCUGUACAAACAAUCGGCCAAUUAUCGACGAAAACUGCAAAUCGUGUUUUCCAUUCAGUGGCAGCACAAUUAAGGACUAUAAAGAAAGAGGAUCUGUCGGCAUACAUAACAAAUGUUAUAUCAAUUCUCCACUUAACACAUUACUUGAGUUUAAACGAGAAACAGGUCGAUAAUAAAGAAGCACAAAGUGCAGCUGGUGAGAAGAAAGGGUAGAAUUAGAACGAUAAAAUCUAUUAUUGGUAGUUGCAUAACUAUAAAGCAUUAAUAUUUUUGUACGUAUUUCAUACAACUCGGGCAUCCUGUUAUUGAAUGUAUCAAUGUGUAUUUUUAUAUGAUAGACAUUGUGUAAACAUUGAAAAAAUACAUUUUUAAUAAAACUAUAGCGAUUUACAAAUCGAUA